UACAACUGUACAGCCUUGAUUAUCUCAAGGCUGUGCUGACCACAGAUCCUCCUAUUCAGAAGAUUCUGGAUCAAAGAAUUGGAGCACAAAAAUCCAUUUUCUUUUUUCUUUUUUCCUGUUAUUAUUAGGUGCCACUCAAAAAACCAAGUUGUGAGUCUUUGGAUUUUGAUGGAUAAGUUUAUGGUGGUGUAACAUAGGCACAAAAAAAGAGAAAUUGGUUCCUGAAACUUGUUUUCUGAACUGGGUUUCUUAUAGGUAUGGUGGUUGAGCUUUGCUUGAUGGCUUCUCAUGGGUACCCUUCAGGGCUUGUUUUGCACCAAGAGCAAGGUAGAGUCCUCAAGGAUUCUCAACAUCUUUUGCCAAGUUCUGGAGCUGGACAUGAGAUAAUAAGCUCAAGAUCACUUACUUUGAGGCCACAUCAGUAUGAGGAGCCGUGGAAACCCAUAAGUGGGUUGUCCAAGUCUAGUCACUUUGUCCAGCUUGACUCGACUGUUAAAAAGCCUGUUCUCAUUGACGUGCAAGAUGAUAACCCAGACUCAAUACUGUUUAGCUUUGGCAUUGCUGAGCAAUGCACAAAACAUGAAAAAAUCUUGAAUUUCCUCAAGUCCGGACCAAGUGAAGCAGAGAGAAGUGAACUAGAUAUGUCUUUGCUAUCUGACUUGUUGGGGCUACAAGCAUUGACAACUAAUGUGUAUCAACAGCCGUUUGCUCCUUCUCUUAUUUAUCCUAGUUGCAGACUUUAUGCCCAGAAGCCUCACCUGGACUUUGUGGGAGAUUUGGCCCGUAGUUCAAACGUUACGGUUCACCCUGAUGGUCGGGUCGUAUUCAAGGGUACUGAGGUGGAGGUGAAAGAUCUACUUUCAGUUGUUUCUGAGUUUUACUUAUCAAGAAACUCACCAAAGUGGAGAAAGCCGUCUAUGUUGGUCCCACAUUAUAGUAGGCUGGACAGCAAUGAAGCAGUGGUCAAUGUUCAUGGGUCUUCUUUGAAGCUUCAAGCAACAACUCUUGCCCCUUUGAAGAGUCCUGAGAAAAUAAAGGUCAAACCAUCGCCAAAGAAGAAGAAUAGUAAGAAAGCAGGCAGAGAGAGGGAUAUGUACAAGAAGAACUAUUUCCAUGCAUGUGAGAGCCUUCUAUCAUUAAUGGUUAACAAGAAGUGCCAUCGAAAAACAGCAGUCCUUUCUCUAAAGAAAUCUGGCCCAGAGCUUCCUGAGCUCCUGACCCAAUUUUCUGCUGGAAUUGCUGGGACCGGCCUUGCCGUACUUUUCUCUGUUGUCACCAAAUUGGCUUGCGGGAGGGUACCAUUCUGUGCUUCCAGACUGUUUAGCACCGGAGUUGGGUUUGGGCUGGUUUGGCUCUCAUGGGCAGUGAAUAAACUUCGAGACACCAUCAUCUAUAUCAGCAAGAAUUCUGGGAAAUUGGGUUUGAAGGAAGAGGAGAUGGUAAGGAAAGUGGAUAAGAGCGUGCAUGAGAUUUACUUUAGAGCUGCAGCUUUGAUGGCUGUAGCGGUGUUGAAGUUUGCAUGAGCAUCAAGAGAAGAAAUGAAAUAUAAUUUCAUGGUUUGGAGAAACAGUUUAACAGUGUGGUUGGUGACUGUAAUUGUAAAUGCCAUAGUGAAGUUGGAUGAUGAUCAGGCAGGCUCAAGUUCAUUUGGCUUGCUCGAAAUGAAACCCAACAUUAACCUCUGUUCCACCUCAUCACCACUCGGCUUGUUCCUGUAAGUUGAUGUGCCACUAAUAGGUUAUAAUUUUAACAUUAGGAGGGUUACAUUGUUAAGGACUGGAGCAGAACUUGUAUAAAAUGUACCAUACAUACAGUUUUGUGCAUGCAAUUAAGGGGUUUUUUGUA